AUGUCCGCUCAACCCUCCGCCAUGAACGGUGCUUCCACAUCUUCUGCUUCCCAGCCGAACUCAAAUCCCUCGAAACAGCAGUUGAAAACGAAUUCCUUCGCAAAGACCCUGGACGGUGCUCGUAAGCAGGCCGCAAGCCCCGUGGACGCCGCCUCGAGAAAAUCUCCCGCUCCAAAGGCCUGGUCUUCGGGCACCAACCCCAUCACACAACGCUCCAAUGCUUCCACACCCGUAACCAAUGGCCUGGCGAACGGCACUCCCAAACCCGCGCAGUCUAAGCCUCAGCAAGAGAAUGGCACACCAAACAAACAUGCUACGGACAGGCUUCUGUUUCUGAUCGCAAACUUCACCGGCAUGGAAGUUGCUGUCUUCCUCAAGAAUGGAGAGAAGUUCACUGGUGUCUUCUCUUCAGCCUCCACCGAUCCUGCUGAUCCUCGUCUGACUUUGAAAUUUACCAAGAAGCUCAGUCAACAAACUAACGGCACAACCGACCAGUCCGACGCAUACAUCGGUGAGGGCGAAGAUCACGUCAUGACCUUCAGUCUGCACGACGUUGUGGAUCUCUCGGUCAUCAAUCUUUUCCUGGCUGCUUCCGAAACAAGAGCUCAACAAUCGAAUGCUCCUUCUUUCCGCACCGAUGUCGAGAUCUCAGGAAACCUCAACAUCCGUGAGCGCGAGCUCCAGCCAUGGCAACCCAGUGCAGAUACCGCCAUCAACAUGUCUCUUGAAGACAAUUCGCGUCCAGGAGAAUGGGAUCAGUUCGCUGCCAACGAAGCUCUCUACAACGUCAGAAGUGACUACGACGAGAAUCUUUACACUACCGCCAUCAACAGAUCCGACCCAGACUACAAACGCAAGGCAGCAGAAGCCGAGAGAAUCGCCCGGGAGAUUGAGCGCAGCGCUCCUGUCAAUGCUCACGUCGCAGAAGAACGUCGCAUGAAUGCUGAGAAAGAUGGCGGCCUUGACGAGGAAGAAAAAUACAGCGGUGUCCGUCGCGAGACUAACAUCACAUCGCUGCUCAAGCAGGGUGCACCGAAUGCUUACGUUCCUCCAUCGCGGAGACCGAUCACUAGUCAGCCUACCGUACCGGGUGCUCCCUUCGACCCAGCUAUCGUCUCGGUUGCACGUCCCAGCCCAGCUACAGCCACAACCCCGGACAGCCAAGCUGUCUCAUCCAAGCAACCAGAGCAGGAAUCGAAGGAUUCGAAGGACGCUUCGACUCCGGCAACAGCAGAAGCUCCUUCCUUGCCAAGCGUGACAGCUCCUUCCGUAGAAGCUUCAGCUGCCGCUGCGAAGCCCGCUCCGAUUGCUGCUGCCCCUGUGUCAAAGCCAGUUCCUUCGAUCAACGCUGGUAAAGGCGCUACUGAGGGCGUCGAGCGUAAAGUCUUGGACUCAUUCAAGCAGUUCUCCAACAAUGAGAAGCUCCGCGUUCAGCAACAUCAACGUGUUGUGCAGGAGCGCCAACGCGCCAGUGCUCGUCAGGAGAAAUCAGUCAAGUUGAACGACCUCAAGAAGUUCGCCGAGAACUUCAAGCUCUACUCACGCGUCCCCGAAGAUCUUGUACCCAUCCUUGCUAAGACAAAGGAGAAGCAGAAUCUGAUCGUCUCAAAGGCUGAACUGCAGGCGCGUGAGAAGGAGUCAAAGGUCACAUCCGCUGAAGCUAGCCCAGCUCGCAUCGCACCUGCCAAACCUGAAGUUGCUUCUACUGAGGAUAACCAAGCACAGCCAGCAAGCCAGCCUGCGAAACGCCCCGAGACCGCAAACGAGCCUAGCUCUCCAUUAAGCCAAAGACAGCGCAUGGCUCAGAACUUGAGACAAAACCAAGCCGUCCCCCCUCGUGGACCUGGCAUGUCGCAUGGUGUCCCGCCCAGACCAGCUCAGCAAUACAGAGCUCCUAUGGCUAACAUGCAAAUCCCAACGCCUAUCCCUCCUCCCGAGAUCCGUUCACCCCCUACCGGACCUGCCUCUCGCGAACUUACCAGCCCCUCGACUGCUUCCGCCAGACUCAAUGUCAAGGCAAUGGAGUUCAGACCUAACCCAUCAGCAAGCACUUUCACUCCCACCUCACCUACCAAGGCAAGCCCACAGCCUGCUAAGCGUCCCAGUAUCUCUGCUGUAUCGCCGGCCAAGUUCUUUUCCCGCAAACCAGAGAAGCCCUUGUCCGAACGCACUCCUCUCAAGGACGCCUUCAACCCUGUCAAGUAUAUGCUUGAGACCACUGCAGCCGAGGGUAAGACUGAAACUUUUGCAUCAAAUGGAGGAAUCCCGCAAGCAUAUCGCACACCGCCAACAUGGGAGGUCGCUGAAGCCAACAAAGACAAGACAUACCGUGACAUGUUUGCUCAGAGCCCAGUCGCUGCUAUUCCGCCUAUGCACACUCCUACCAACAGCGUUAUGGCGCACUCUCAUCAACUUCCGCCUCAUCUGCAGAAUGGUCCUCCCAACAACCAAACUCCUCGCUUCUACCCUCCUCAACCUCAUCACCCUGGCCAACACUAUGACGAACAUCGCAUGCAGUACGGAUCCAACACUCCCUCAGUCCAGCCAUCUCCUCGUCUGCCUCCUGCAAUGGCCUAUGGCCCGCAGAUGCAUCCACAAAUGCAGCACUUCCCUGCAGGCAUGCCUCCAUAUGGUAUGAUGCGUCCUCAGCAAUUCGGUAGCCCACAGGGACCUCCCAUGGGUGGUCACAUGAUGGUGCAGCAGUCGUCUAACGGACCCUUCAUGAAUGGCGCAAUGGCACAACAGGUACCAAUGUAUGCCUCACCUGUGCCCGGCCAUGUACAGCCCCACUUCCCAGGCCAUCCCACUGCUCAGCCUGGUCCAGGUUUUGGACGCGGACAUCCCAUGAGUCACCAAGGAUCGCAGCAAGGACACCCUGGACAGAUGUAUAUGCAAAUGCCGCCCAAUGCUCCCAUGAUGAUGCAGCAGCACCCCGGACAGAUGCAGCAGAUGAGAAACUUCCCCCAGGGCCAGUAUCCCGGUGGUCCUCAAGGCCAACAUGGCUACCCCAUGCAGCACCGUGCCAUGUCGAACCAGGGAUACAACCACAACCAGAUGACUCCUCGUCAACACCACGCAGCUCCUCAACAAGGCCCUAGCCCCGGUAUGCCACCAAUGCAACCCGCCGGUCCAGCAGACGAGGGCAAAUGA